GAAAGGAAUUAAAACACAAUAUUUAAAGGGCAAGCAAGUGUUGUAUAUUUAGGGAUUCAAGAUCAAAAUGACUGAAAUUAUUAAAGAACUCCCGCUGGUGCGAGCGAAAGCCACGGCUAUACAUGGUCAUGCUAGUGUAGGUCCUGAAGUAGGUCCUGGAUCGUAUGAUAUUGAUUAUAAAAUUCCUUCUAACACAGCAUAUGCCCCCUUUGGUAUGACAUCAGAACGUUCGCCACUGCUUUUUAGUAAUACAAAGACACCUGGGCCAGGUGCGUAUGAUAUUACUUCAUCUUUAGUGUCGCAUAAAAAUGGUUUAACGGCUUGUCCCUUUCUUUCUACUUCGGUAAGAUUCCCCUUUUUGAAUGAGAGUGAUUUUCCGGGUCCAGGGGCCUAUGAACUAGUUGAUAAGUGGCCAACAAAGAAGCGUUGUCGAGCUUUCAUGUUCUCAGUUGGAAAAGACGAUGGUUGUGCCCCACCAGAAGUGGAUGUUGGUCCUGGCUUAAAUCAAUCGAGUGAGUUUCCACCCCCACGGAAAGCGAAUCCUCGUACUGUGAACUUCGAUCGGUACAGUGGCCGCGAUUACGCGCAAGAGUCUUCAACACCUGGUCCUGGCAGCUACGGGCUUAAUUCGAAGGUUCGCACACUAUAUGACACAAAGCCAUCGUCUAUGUUCGUAUCCACAACUGCCAGGUCGCAGCCUCAUAUAACUAAAGUUCCUGGUCCUGGUACAUAUGAAAUCACUUCGGGCUUUGUCAAGUCAAAACCAAGAGAGCACUUUAGUUCCACGGCUCCACGGUUUCCUAACGACACAAAUGGCGAAACCCCAGGCCCAGGCCACUACACUGGCGAUAUUGCUCCUCGUCGCUCUCGACCCCUUAAAAUAUCGCAAACAUUUCCCCUUUCUUCCACUGCAUACCGCUUUAUGGAUAAUUCAAAUCCCUCCACACAGGUGUCUGAAUUUUAUGACGCCACACCACUACCAAAGAAAUUUCACUUUGGAGGUGAAUCUCCCUUUGGGUCCACGGUUCCACGUUUCCACCAACUUACCUCUAUGCAUGUGCACGAAGUUAGUGAUCGUGAUACCUCGCCUCCCAGAAGGCCUCUCAGGUUUCCACAUCGAGUUGUACGAACUCAGAAUUCCUUAGAUCACGAUUCCAAACCACGUAUGCAACCCAUGACUCAGCAUAAACCAUUUUAUGAUAUCAAAUAUGACUGGACAAAACCUAGUACUUUAAAAAGCACUUUUGGGGAUUCCACAAGGAAUGAUAAUAUUCCAAGAAAUAAUAAAGUUCCUGGGCCUGGAAGCUAUAAUUUAGAACCGCAUCCUCGCCUAGGGAACUCUUGUUGGGGCAAAGAUGUUCGCUUUAUCCAAAAUAUCGCUAAUUAUACACCAGGUGCAGGAGCGUAUCAUCACGAAUCAACAUUCUUAAAGAAAUCCCACAACCAAACGACUGCAUUGCAUACAACGUGGUAGAAUGCGUGCCCACUCUGAUUUCUUAAUUCUAUCUGUCUUUUCAUCCUAAGAAUGUGUUUGAAAGGCUUUGUUAUGUAAAUAUUCAGUGCGUUUUUCCAGCAUUUAUCGGUCUUUUCAUCUCCGACUUCCCCAUUUAAGAAUUUUUAUGUAACAAAGAAGGUUGACCUAA